CUUAUGACCACAAAAAGCGAACAAUGCCUGGAUAUAAAAGGAUUGGGCCAUUGCAUUUGGCUGCCAUGCAACCCAAUAUGAGCUCAUUUUCCACAAUCGCACUAAUUAUUUGCAAAUCAGAGCCAAACAUAUUUCUGGAUAAGCAGAACAACGAAUUUCGCGGUGUGAUUUGUUUUACGCUGCGCGACUCCAAACAUCACAUUACGAAUUGCAAAUGCUGGGGCUCGAGAACAAUGAUAGAGGAAUACAACUCCCAAUUACACAUUGGCGAUGUGGUGGAUGUGGUGGGCGCCAAAGUGAUGCAAUCAAAUGGAAACGUGACCUUGCGCUAUCAGCCAAAACCGACACUGCCCUGCGUGCUGGUUGUGAAUGAGGGUCAAGGAUUUGUGGCGCAGCACAAUCUGGAAGAUAUGGCCAAAUAUCAGGAGCUGCUGCAGCUACGCCACCUGCCGCACAAACCUAUGCAGGCAGCACUUAAAUUGGCCGAUGUGCGCACUGGGGUCCAAGAGCAGCGAUCUGCUGCGGCUGCGGUCCAAUAUGUGGACCUGCUUGUGGUUGUUGGCUCGCUGCGACCUGUGCGCGAGCUGAAGCGAAAAAAUGCGCGCGACGGUAACGAUUUGGUGCACUGCCUCGAGCUGGUGGUGUUUGACCAAAGUUGGCCAGAUGGCCUGGUCUUGACUUUAUGGCAUACAGAAUGGAUACAACACGCCAAGCGUUGCUGGCAGCCACGCAAAACUGUAUUGCAUCUGAUAGACGUGCGCGUCUCCUACUCUGAAUACUUUCGUAGUCCGGUGCUGGGGCUGGCCACAUGCACGAUCAUCUACGAGGAUCCACAGGGCGUGCAAUGCCAGGCAUUGGUGGAAUUUGCGGCCACUAUGCCGGCACGUAGUUUCGAUGUGUUUGCACAGGUUGGCUUUGACACGUUGCCAGCAGCGGAGGAGAUACGUACACAGAUGACAGUAAAACAGAUUUAUGCACGAGCCGAGGGUGAUUUAUGCGAUGCGGCCAUUGAUAAAUUUACCGCAGUGCUAUAUGCGAUGAUUACGAAGUUCGAUCUCGAUGGUUAUGUGGCGAAUAUUAGCAAAAGAUGCAAGGUGUGCCAACGACACAUACCCCAAGAUAAUAUUUACUGCAGCAACGAGAACUGCCAGCUAGAGUUCUCUAUGGAUCAGAGCGGAGUGCACUACGAGAAGUUCUUUAACAUCAACAUUCAACUGACCGAUCAUACGGGUACACUAAUCGAAACGCGUCUCACUAGUGGUGUAGCUGAGCAAAUCUUGGGACUCAGUGCGGAUGCCUUCGAGCAGCUAACACAGCGCCAAAAAGCGGAGCUUAAAUGGCGCUUUCUGUUAAAACAUUUUGCAGUUAAGCUGCUUGUAAAGAAACCAACAGUUAUGCGCCAGAAUCCGAUCAUUGCAGUUGUUGACAUGCAGUUAAUUGACAUUAAAAAGCUGAUUGACAACAUGACUGUCUUUUAAAAUGUUAUUUAAUUGUACAAUAUUUUUCGAAAUCCCUAAAAAGAUUAGUUCCAUUUCAUAUUCAUUGUUAAUACAACACAAUACAUUUAGGUAUUGCUUUAAAAUGUUCCAAAUAUUAAUCAUAA